AUGCCACCACUUCCAAACAAUCCAAGCCACGGAGGUGGCGGAUCGUCGAAAAAGAAGAAGCAACGUCAACGACAACACCAGAAUCAGUUGAUUGCGUCGAGAACCAACGCAGCGGCUGCUGGACCACCAGAAGACGUUCGACCGGAUGGAGAAGAUGCUGAAGUGGAUCUGAGCGUUCGGCAACCACCACCGGAGGAACCAAAACCUCAAGAAAAGGAAGAAAGAGAACCAGAAGAGUCUGAAAAAGACGAUCCAGAGCCAAACGUAGAAGAAGAAGACGUUCCAGUCGAUUUUGAAAAGGUUCCAGAAGAGCAAUUAGAGGAUAAGAAGGAUCUAUCAGAAGUUCCAGAAGAAGAAAAAGUAGAGAGAUCAGAAGACGUUGUUCCAGUAGCUGAGGACGAAGUAGAAAAGGAAAAGAAGGAAGAAGUAAAAGAAACGGUGGCACAGACCGCCGAGAAAGACAAAAAAAUUAGCGGGGAUCUGUUGGACUUCAGCUCGUCCGACGAUAGAAGUAGUUUGAGUAGUAGACCGCUCGUGAAGGAUUCGCCGGAAGAGGACGACGAGGAGGUAGUUCGUACACUGAACUCCACCAAGAGACCAGCAUCACCACCACCAUCUCCACCAUCAUCCACAACAACAUCAAAACGGACUGUCCGAGCAUCUGUUGACAAUAUGUUGGUGGAUAUGAGCCUAGACGAUGAGAAACCAGCAGCACCACCACGGAAAACACAUCAGAAUUCGUCACAACAGAGGCAACAACCACCACCGAUUCCAUCGAUGAAUACGAUUAUUUCGAAGCCACGCGGAGCUCCGGUGAAUUAUGCGAAGGGACAAGUGGUGAAGCAGUCGGCUGUAGAACAACAGACAUUUGCGAAUCAAGUGAUUGAUCUAGUGGCUUAUGGGAUUUCUUCAAAGACACAAUCACAAAGUACACAGAUUACCGCAGAGAAGGCUGAAUGGGUUCAGUUGUCAACUGUUGAGAAGGCAGGAGAACCAAAUCAACGGUUGGAGGUUUUGGUGAUUGGAUUGUGUAGAGGAUACCAGAUUUGGACAAUGAGUCCGUCUGGUGAUUUCGAAGAAGUUCUUUCUGAACGUCAAGGGCCUGUCCGCGCUCUCAAAAUCCUUCCCAACAACAUUAAACUUCGCGGGAAAACUGAUCCUUUCGCAGAUGCCCGACCCCUCAUCGCUGUCGUUGACGCUUCCUCUCACCACCCCGAUCGUCAGUAUUGCUCAGUCACAAUAAUCUCACUGCUCACUGGAAAAGAAGUUCAUAAAAUCAAAUUCGAGGAACCGGUAGUUUCUGUAAACGCUUCUGAUCAAUUCCUUGUGGUGUCUCUCUGCAACAAUGCCGUCGUCUACAGUAUCAUUGAUUUUAAGCCAGUUCGAAAAAUUUUGACAGCUCCACCAUGCGACCAUAAUCCACCAUCGUUAGCGUUGUCGUGCCAGUUGUUGGCUUAUGCGGAUAAGACGCUAGACUCCAGUAUCCAAAGCAGCGGAGGACUUGCUGCCGAAGUGGAGCCAGCUACUACCGAAAAGUACACGGAUCAACUCUACAGUGCUGUGUCUUUCUUCACGAAGGGUGUCAAAACAAUCAGUGACUCAAUGACCGGUGGUGGAUCUGGAAGCACGACAAAGACAAAUCAACCACAGGGAAUCAUCACAGUUCUAAAUUUGGCUCAUAAUCCAGAAGAUGACUCUUCAGAUGGUGUUAUGUGUCACUAUGUGGCUCACGUGGAUCCAAUCUCCUAUAUCUCAUUCAGUCCUGAUCAACGAUUGGUUCUUUCGGCUGAUGCAAAUGCCAACGUCUUCAAUAUCUUCCUUCUGAUGCCCCACCCAACCACAUCUUCAUUGGCCAGUGUACAACAUCUAUACAAACUAAAUCGUGGAAAUACAACUGCCAAAAUAAUCUCCACUGCUUUCUCAGAAGACUGUCGUUGGUUGGGUAUCACAUCAAAUCAUGGAACAACCCAUCUAUUCGCAAUUUGUCCAUUCGGAGGAAAGCCAAAUCAAAGAACCCACGGCGACACGUUCGUGAACAAGGAAUCUAGAUUCCACAGAUCUGCUGGCCUCACUGACGCUGCUGAUGUAGUCGCUCUCAUCGGACCAAGCCGCCACAGAGCCAUGACUGAUUCUUGCAACUACACCAAGGAUCAUCCAAUCGCUGUGAAUUCUCCAGUUCUUGCCAAAACCAAUGGAAAUACGAGAGUUGGUCCUUUUCCACCUCCCCUUCUUCUCACUGCUACCGAGAAGAUCAAGGAUUCGAAGUAUACGAAGGAGGAUCUACAAGCGUGGGCAACAGAUCUUGCUAGUUUUUCUUAUCUCGGAAACACAGCAGCCACUUCGCUUGCGUUGACUGCAAGGAAACGAUUGGAGGUGAAUAGGAUGUCAGUCGUGUUCAGAAUGAGAAGUUCUAAUAGUACCACCAGCACCAAGACGGCUAAGACUACUAAACUCUUGACUUCCAUGUCUAUUAUCAUCGCGAAGGUUGACCCAUCUAACGGAGUCAUGGUCAUUCAGCAGGACAUAAAACCCGUCAGAAAAGAAGGAGAAGUCACAACUAAUAACCAUGAAGCUCCGCCCCAAAUCACAAUCACUCCAGUAGGCGGAUGGCAACUACAAAGGACCAAGAACAACACAGAUAUGCAUGCUCCAAUGCCUCCAAACUCUCCAAUUAUGGCGUUCGCAACUGUGGAGACUGAAGAAAGUCGUAGAGAAGGAGAAGAAAUGUGGACACCGCAUGUUGAGACAAGAACCUACAGUCAUCCGCCGCGUUGGCUUUGCCAGGGACCUCAAUUCACGUUGUAUGUGUAUCAAGAAGAUGAUCAGCCAAGUUUGAUGUCUCCUGGAAAUAAGGGUUCCAAUGCUAGCUUCAAAUCGAUUCCAGUUAUGGUUGGAUCCGAAGCUAUGAAUAUUACCAAAAAAACUAUUCCCGCCGACGCCACGCGGAUCGAAUGCGGAAGCUAUCAGUCUAACUCGUACAGUUUGAAUCCGGGAGACGAUCAGACGAUCGGAGGAUACAAUGUUUCCGUUAAUGGAGAUUUCACGGGCCUUCUCGCCGACGCGAUGCGCGAUUUGUCUGGAGAAGAAGAAGCUCUCAUGAAGAAGAAAUCUCCUCGAAAUGACGACGAUGAGUUCUUCGACACAGAAUCGUCUGCACCAUUCGCCAGAAAUGGAUCCACAAAUGGAACAUCAAAUGGAAAAUCCACGAAAAAGAAGAAGGCGCCACCAACUUCUGCUCCAAUGCCAGCAACGCCUUCUAGACCGGCGACGACGUCUUCAAAAACCGUCAGUCCGCCGGACGAUUUUGGAACGUUUGAUAUGGACGAUUUGUAUGAAAAUUGA